GCUGUGCCCUUUUUUCAUCCCUCGAAUUAUUAUACUUCAGGUCCAGAAUGAUUCGAUUACUCCCAUUUUUAAUCGUCAUUAUAUUCAAAUGUCCUCUAUAUACCUGACCUAUCUCUUGCUAAACAUUCAACGAUUCUAAUUCGCAUGCAAAUGGCAAGAUAAGGCAGUCGCCUCAUUCGCUCCACCAUGCUGUUACACGGCAGUCUGGUCCUAGCUGUUGCGGCUUUGUCGCACGAUACGGCAUCUUUGGCCAAUCAAGUGCUCAGUCGUCACCUCAAAGAUGCCUGGUGCCAUGACAUGCAACGAGCUUGAGUGACUCAAGCUAGCUGCUGACCUUGGACUUUUGAAAUGUGAAAUUGUCCCGCGUCAAUUGCUACAUCAACUUCUUGUUGCCUCGAAAUCUUUUCAUGACCUCCAAAAGCGCUAUGAUUUUGAUGGUUAUCUACAGUAAAGAACCAAAUCAAACAGACAAGACGACACAGCAAUGCAUGCACCGUCAGUCGGGUCCCUUCUUGGGCUCCUACAUCUAGCCAGGCCGACCAUCGGCGCAUCCAACAAAGGACCAGCCUUGGAGUGGUCACCACCAACACCGCACAUACUCCCCAACAAAGACGCAGCACGCCACAACGCCCACCGGAUCUUCACUACGCUGCACUCUGCCGGCCGCCAAUGGGGUUCCUCGACGGACCACAACGGCAUGUCAUUCUUCCGCGCCACCGUGCCAGAAGGUAGCUAUUUCUUUCACGGCUCACAGAGGCCGGACAGGCCGACGGGUUUCGAGUGGCUCGCCUUUGAGAUUGAGCACUCGCAGUUUUUUGCCACACCCUGGGAUCCCAGUCGUGGUCCUGGCCGUGGUCCGGGUCGUGACCCUGAUGGCGUGGACGUUGAGGAAUGGCACGACUGGAGGCGGGCCCACUCGGCUCACGGCGCAAAGCCCGUCUUGUUCUUGUCCGACCAAGACUCUCAACAUCCCAUGAGCAUAUCGGAAGAUGGGAGACGGGGUUCGAACGUGUCCCGCCCGACACGUGGCUACCUGCACACGUACAGAGCGGCCCGUCCGCUCAACCUGCUGUACGUCGACGGCAUGGGCGCCGGCAAGUCAAAGUAUGGCACGCUGGACACCCAGGACUUUAUCCUGCGGGGCAAGACGCCCGGGGAGUUUGAAGGGGUGCCGGGCGGAGGCGUCUCCGGGGAGAGUGAUCGGGCCAAAGAGCUGUGCGAAGUGGCUGACGAGUGGGCUCGGCAAGGCGGCGGGCGCAUAGACGGCAUCAUGCGCAUGGAGGUGGGCUUCGAGAUCAUAUACUGCCACUUUGAGGAGGGUGGAGGGCUGGAUCUGAUCAGUCUCGAUGCCACGGCGUUGAGUAAUGAGACGGGCUGGGUGGACCCCCAAGUGCACGCGUUCGAGUGGGUACGGGCAGUCGGGUUGAGAUAUGAUGGCUUCCCAAAGACCAGACUGAAUAUCGACUGGUCGAGUAUAGUGUCGGCCUACUUUUACAACAUCAACCUCACGAAUCCGGAUACGCAGAGGAGCGAGAUGCCUCGAGUGGUCAAUGCUACAAACGAAGAAAGAGCAGCGAUCAAGUCCAAGGUACAAGAAACCAUGGCGGUCCAGCGACACACUGGCAACAAUAUCGACUGGCAAGGUAUCGUGGACCUGCUGGUGGGACGAUACUCGGAUAGGCUUGCAUUCUUGUCCAAGGAGGACAUCACAGUAGAGGACAUGCGGCAAGAAGUCAACUUUUUGCUGUAUUCCUACAUUAAUUUUGACGAUUCAGACGCAAAACCGUCUCUUGAAAGAUGCCGAGCCAAGCAUCUUGAGACAGCCUUGCUGACGAGGCCGAGCUGGACGCAGGAAGACGAGCUCCUAUUCACGGCCGUUGAAACCGUGUCUGAAGACAUCUGCUCGACUCUGAUAGACAUGUGGGAGAUUCUCGGCCACAAGGACGCUUCGCUUGCAAAGCCAAAGCAGUACUUGCAAGGCUUAAAGUCGAGGCUAAACUGGAGUACUUGGAAAAAAUGUGGGACUUGUGCAUCGGUGGACGAGGUAUGCUUCGUGGCCAUGUUUCCUUUUGGAACUGUCGAGGAUCACUACAACCCGCGGUGCAAGAACAGGACGGAAAUUGCGGGAGGUUGGAGAGAUGGAGAUGGUGAGCGAUAUUGGAAAAUGUGAUCAAGGACAGACAGCCAGCCCGGGAUAUUUGUUUUGGUUAUUUUAGGCAUUUACGUAGUCAGCUUGUCAGGUAGGUAUGCACAUCGUUUGUGAUCGCAUCCCUCAUCCUAUGUGGUACAAGUACCUACCCUGCACCCACCGCAAGCCUGCAUUACCCCUGAAUCACGUGACUGAUUUCAACUGCACUCGAGAAAACGGUGGUGCUCUUCACGUGACGCACUGAUGAC